CCAAAUCCCCCGUGAAUUCAAACACCUUAAUCCCACGCACCCUCAUCAUAGUGAAUACACGCGCCCCUCUCUCGAUAAAUUCUUUCCCCAAAUUGGACUAAUUAGGGUUUCUCUUCUCUAAAAGAAUUAGGGUUUCUUCAAGCUCUAACCAGGAGAGAUAAUUGAAAAACAAAAUAUGCAUGCAAUAGAAAUAUGGUGGAUCUAGGUCAUGUAUGAUGAGGAAAUCGAUUCGAAAUCGCAAGGAAUUGGAAUCACGAGAGCAAUCUGAUAUGUUUUUCAUAUUCGGAUUCCGAUUCCAAUUCCGCUCUCCAUUCGAUUCCUAUUCGAUUGCUUGUGAAGCUUUCUCUGAAAAAAGUUUCUUCUCUUCAAUUCUCCUCUUUCCAUCCAAUUAAGCUGAUUUGAUCAUUUUUCUUUUGUUCACAAAGUCAAUUUCUUUUCUUUUCUUUUUUGCGUCAUUUUGGUGGAUCACGUGUGUUUUCUGUUGAUAUGGAUUUCGGUUCUUUAAGUGAAGAUGGUGGUGGUGUUUUCGCAGAGAAAGAUCCGACCGGUCGGUACAUUCGGAAUGAUGAAUUUCUGGGGAAAGGAGCAUUCAAGACUGUAUAUAAGGCAUUUGAUGAAGUUGAUGGGAUUGAAGUGGCUUGGAACCAAGUGAAUAUUGAAGAUGUCUUGCAAUCAUCACAGCAGCUUGAGAGAUUGUAUUCAGAGGUUCAUCUGCUGAAGUCUUUGAAACACGAAAAUAUCAUCAAGUUUUAUAGCUCUUGGGUAGAUGAUAAGAAUAAGACUAUAAACAUCAUCACAGAGUUAUUCACCUCUGGGAGUAUGAGGCAGUAUCGAAAGAAGCACAAGACUGUUGACAUGAAAGCCAUCAAAAACUGGGCAAGGCAAAUCCUUCGAGGCUUACACUAUUUACAUACUCACAGUCCUCCUAUCAUUCAUCGUGAUUUGAAAUGUGACAAUAUAUUUGUUAAUGGAAACACUGGAGAAGUUAAGAUUGGAGAUCUUGGAUUAGCAAUUGUCAUGCAACAGCCCAUUGCACGAAGCGUCAUAGGUACACCUGAAUUCAUGGCUCCUGAGCUCUAUGAAGAGGAAUACAAUGAGCUUGUUGACAUUUAUUCUUUUGGCAUGUGCAUGUUGGAGAUGGUUACUUGUGAAUACCCAUAUAGUGAAUGCAAAAAUCCUGCGCAGAUAUACAAGAAGGUCUCCUCGGGCAUAAAGCCUGCUUCCCUCGGUAAGGUGAGUGACCACCAGGUUAAGGUGUUCAUAGAGAAGUGUUUAGUUCCAGCAUCUACAAGAUUGCCUGCAAUAGAGCUCUUGAAAGAUCCAUUCCUAGCAACUGAAAAUUCAAAGGAACUUGUUUCUAGUUCGUUACAGUUACCAAAUCUUAUUUCCAGACAAGUCCACUUGCUGCAAUCAGAAUCCCAUCUCAUGGACAUUGACUGCAAGAAACUUUCAGUGGGCUCUUGUACAAAAAGCAUCAAUGAAUCUCCACAGUUUUCAACUCUAGAACUCAGUAGGUUCACUGAGAAUAAUGAAUUCAGAUUGAGGGGGGCGAAAAACAAUGAUAAUACAGUUUCAUUGACUCUGCGCAUUGCUGAUCCAUGCGGUCGAGCAAGGAAUAUCCAUUUUACCUUUUAUCUUGAUUCGGAUACUGCGGUUUUGAUUGCUGAGGAGAUGGUUGAACAACUUGAUUUGUUAACUGAAGAUGUGGCUGUCAUUGCUGAGUUGAUUGAUAACUUGAUAGCGAAGCUCGUUCCUAGCUGGAAUACUUCACCAAGUGUACGAAAUGGCUCUUCUGAACUGGAAAACCAUUCAACUUCUGAGGCGGUGAAAAAACCUGAUUUCUUACCAUUGACUAACAUGACAGAUCUUGAGACUAAACAAUCCGUCAAUUCAGACAUAUCUGCUGAAUAUAAUAUGGCUAUUGCCUCUGAUUCCGGUACUAACAAGUCUUUGGGAUCCUCUGAUUGUUGUCUUCAAUCAAAUAUGUAUGAUUUGGAGUUUGGGAUGCUUGAAGAUGGUAUAUCAAAACAUAACAAAUCUACCAGAAAUUCCAAUGACUCCUAUAUCGGUUCAUUCUCUGGUAUGUCAAGAAACGCAAGUAUGUCUAGCAUUUGUUCUCUGUCCCUAGCAGACAAAGAUGGUUCUGAACUAAAGCAGGAGCUUGAUUCCAUUGAUUCACAUUAUAAUCAGUGUCUCCAAGAACUCAUGAAGAUGAGGGAGGAAGCCAUAGAAAAUGCCAAGAAAAGGGGGAUCACAAAGAAGAUAUCCGUUAUGUGAUGAUUAGACACACAUUUAGAUUUUAUUUUUCUUUUUACUUUUGCUAUGGUGGUUGCCUUUCAUAUUGUGACUGGGGUUUGGUUCUUUUUUCGGCAGAUCCGGUUUGUUCGUCUUGGCUGAUUGUUGAUCAUUCAAUUUAACUUUGAUCAUUUGUUUGUUUUUUUUGUGUAUAUAGAGAAUUGGGGUACUAGGUUGAAUUCAUUGAUUAAUGGCAUGAGCUCAUUCACUUCUUUGA